AUCUGGAUCUUAUUGCCAGGAUAUAAGCUGGUGUGGAUGAUGCAAGACUCCUCAGUGUGCCGGCGGCAUUCGGGGGAUAUACAGUGCCUCUCUCCAGGCUUGGGCAAACUCUCAGCACCUUGAAAGGAGGUGGCAACAAGAGCAGAUGCAGCCCUGCCAGAAGACUCCUGUUUAGAUCCAUCAGUUUAUAUAACUUGUGAGCUAGGCGAGGAAUUUCUUCUUGGGCAGUUGCUUUUACAAGUGAAUUAAGGAAGGGAUUACUAGUAAUGAGCUUCUUGGAAGCGACUUGCAGGUAUCCAUUCAUCACCAGCACGAGGGUUUAUGGUCAAAGAUAACUGAUUGAAGGACAUACUUGCUAGAGGUUAGCCAUCUGGGAAGACCUGUGCUUGGGACAAUCUCCACCCUCAAAUACAGUGAACACCUCGUUCUUGAGCCUCUUCAGGACUGUGACGUCUUUGUUGACUGGGAUGUGAUGUACCUCACAGUCCUUCUUCUUCACAUCGUUGUGCAUCUGUCUACUUUCUUUCUUGCUUCACACUGAAGAACUAAGCAUCCUUUAUUAAGAUGGAUCCAAACUAUCAAAAUGCAAUGGGGUCAAGCGAUGAGGAUUCAUACACACAAGAAUUUCAUGGAGAAAGAAGGCAGAAAACAGCUACAUCCAGUUUACUCAUCAACACUGUCUCACAAGAGAUCGAGUUACGAGAAGAUGUGUGUGGUAUAAAGAAUGUAAGUAUGGCAUCAAGCAGGAAUGGAGCAGCAGCAUCAAGCAGCGUACCUCAACACCCACAGGAACAUUAUUCACCCCCGCCAACAAAGCUGAGCAAAGAAGAGCAGGCAGAAGCUAACCGCAAGAAAUCAAGUGAGUACCGCAAGAACAAGGCUAUAGAAUAUAAGAAUAAAGAGAAUAAAAAAAGCAAACUGACAAAAAUCUUUUAUGACAAUAAAGUGGAAAUAAAGAAGUUUGAAGAGUAUUUACAAACGAACAAUAAUGAUGAAAAUGGAAAGCAUAUGAUUACAGAUAUGGAAGAAGACCAAAUUUUUGAACACUAUAUAAAGAAUAUAUUUUCCGAAGACAGUGAUGAACCAGGUUCUCUGCGAUCACAAGAUGAUCACACAGGAGACGAUAAUGUGCCAACUACAUCAACGCUCUUCACCAGGCAAGAAACAUAA